AUGGCAGGGUUGGCAGGGUUCACAGGCUCCCGGGCUAGGUCCUUCAGCUGGCUCCCGGUGGUCUCGGAGGGGCCAGCUCUGCUCCCACCCGUCCCGCAGCAUGAAGUCGAGCCUUGGCUGGCAGACCAGACCUUGAGGACGCAGCGGUGCCACUCAGUGGGCGGGGGCUCCGCGUGCCUCCUCUCCCAGCCCCCGUCCACAAGUGCCUUCAUAAAGCAGUGGGAGAAACUCGCUUCCAAGUUCACCUGGAGUAACUCCGAGUCCAAAGUGCCUAGUAUUGACUCUAGCCCAACCGAUGAGAGGGACCAGCGGGCAAUGAGCAGCUGUUGCGUGUUGUUUGCGGCCGCCUUGGGCAACCUGGAAUGGUUGCGGUUCUGUCUGAAUCCGGACUUUAGGGAAAUCCCCGCUGAUAACAAGGGUUUCACUGCCAUCCACUUUGCAGCCCAAAGCGGCAAGCUAGAAUGCCUGAAGGUGUUGGUAGAGGAGUACAAGUUUCCCGUGGACCUGCCCACCAACAAUGGCCAGACACCACUGCACCUCGCCAUCCACAGGGAAAACAAGACCACAGUCCUCCCCUGCAUCCACUAUCUGCUGAAGUGCGGGGCAGCGAUCAACACUCAGACGUGCAAUGGCUCCACACCCCUGCACCUGGCAGCCCGGGAGGACCUGCUGAGCUGUGUGAAGGUCCUGGUGAAGAACGGUGCCAAUGUCCAUGCCCGAGAUGCCAUGGGCUGCAAGCCCAUCGACUAUUGCAAAAUAUGGAACUACCGUGUCUGUGCUCGGUUCUUGAAGGAUGCCAUGUGGAAACGCGACAAGAAGGACUUUGCCUGUGAGAUGGAGAAACUGAAGCGGCUCAAAGGCCAGCUGGCCCUCAUGGAGCAGGACUACCUGACUGAGCAACAAAAAAGACACCAAAUUCUGAAAGAAGCUGAUUUCAAGAAGUGGCUCCAUCAUAAGCUACUGCCCCGAGGUCAAUCUCUGAUCCACAACACUGAGCAAGUGCCCCGAGCCCCACCCUGGGCCGUCCCCUUCUACAGGACCCCCAAGCCAUCCAAGAGCUUCCACCCCUUCCCACGGAUGCACCUGCAACAGAAACCACCACCCAAGCUAAAGCCGUUGGUGACACCCACACCCACCUACAAGCAGCCCAGAGUCAGGCAGCCCAAGCUGUGGGAUCCUAGCAUCAAUCCUGCCAGACCCCCCACCACCAAGAUCAGCUUCACACAGGGCAUCGGCCUGAGUGUGCAUCCAGACCCCAGCCUGGAGCACGACUUUGGCAGAUUCCUCCAGAUCAGAUCUGAUGGGCAUGGUGGUGCGCGGCUGCGCACAGUGGCUGGCAAGCAGGUGGCACCUGUGCCUCAGCUGCCUUUGGAGGUGAUAGUCCAUGAGCUGUACCCUCAGGUGCGGCCGUGCAGGAUGAAGGUGCCCCAGGGCUUCCACUCUGUCAGCAUAUGGGACGUGGACCGGAAGCAGCACAUGAGCGGCACCUUCUGGACCGACACUCUAGCCAUGAACCUGCGUGAGACAUUUGACGAAGCCUUCCUGGCAGCGGUGCGAGCCCAUCGAGGGCUCCCCAUUCUGCCCUCCCUCCAACCGCCCCCAUAA